CUUUUUGCUCACAUCAUUUUGUCUGUAACAUCAAAAAGUAGCCGACAUCUUUGGUAUCAUGAUAACUAUGCAAAAUACACAAAUGCUAAAAAAGUGUGGUUUACAUUGCAGUUAGCCCUAUCUUAGAAGCCAGAAGUAAGCUUAUAGAGAAAAAUGGACUCCGCGCCAAAGUGGAAACUCCAGAUGGUAACCACAUAGACACAAUGUUUAUUGAUAGAAGGGACAGCUUUGAAAUGUCCAAUGGGAAGUAUUUGGUUGUCUGCAGUGAAGGAAAUGCUGGGUUUUAUGAAAUUGGCUGUAUGGUGACACCCAUGGAUGCGGGGUACUCUGUACUGGGAUGGAAUCACCCAGGGUUCUCAGGCAGUACGGGAGCCCCAUUCCCAGAGCAGGAACAGAAUGCAGUGGACACUGUGAUGCAGUAUGCUAUUACCAAACUUGGCUUCAAACCAGAAGAGAUCAUUCUGUUUGCGUGGUCUAUAGGGGGAUUCCCUGCCUCAUUCGCUGCCAUGAACUACCCUGAUGUAAAAGCUGUGAUACUUGAUGCUACUUUUGAUGAUGUAAUGCCAUUAGCAGUAGCCCGCAUGCCACAGAGUUGGAGGGGGUUGGUGUCCAUGACAGUGAGGCGCUACCUCAACAUUCCUAUCUCCAGUCAGCUGUGUCAGUACCCAGGACCUGUACUGCUAAUUAGGAGAACAAAUGAUGAAAUGAUCACUACUGUAGAUCAGACAGUGAUAGGAUCCAACAGAGGAAAUGAUCUGCUGAUUAAGUUAUUACAAUAUAGAUAUCCAAAUAUUGUGAAUUCUGACACUGAGGUCCUCCUUAGGAACUGGCUUGAGUGUAAAAAUACAGAGGACAAACUCCAAUUCCUCACCAACCACGGUGUGGAUGAUGACAUGUGUGAGGCCACAUUUGCUUCCUUUGUCAUGGAGAAUUCCUUAAGUUUCCCCAUGCAGAUAGGUGAAGGCAUCAGUGAAGAUCUUCGCUCACAACUUGCACUGUUUCUGGCGUACAAACACAUGGAAGAUUUCGAGUCGACCCACUGCACGCCUCUUCCUACUACCCACUUCAAGUUACCAUGGCAACCAAAACUUGUCACUGCCAGGAACUUCGAUGACGUGGAUUAAUCUGUUGGUCAUCAUCAGUUGUGUUAUGCUUUGCUGUAAUAUUAUACAGUGAUUAACCAUGUGCACUGGUCAUUGGUCACUGGUCAGACUUUGCACUUGGUCAUUCACCUUGCUAAGCGUAUAUUUUAUAGAUUGCAGGAUUUGUGGCCAUUAUGUGUAAAUGUGGAUCUUGUUUGGUUGUAGCCAAACUGCUGGAGAAAUUGAUGUACAUGCAUGCAUGCUGAAGUCUGUAAGUUAUUAAGAUCAUUUUAGAAUAUAAAAAUUAUGUCUGUAUAGACAGUAUAAACUGGACAUUGUGAUUGAAAGCAUAGAAAUACAUCUUACGUUGGAUUUGGGUGUAGAGAUUCAAGAACUGUGAAGAGUAGUAUAAAAUGCCAUCAUUUUUGGUCAUGUUGCUUGCAAUUAUUAUUGUUGUAAUAUCA